AUGUCUGUCCCUCUGGUCUUCAAGGGCCGCGAGGAGGAGAUGACCAUGGAAGAGCUGGCGGCCAUGAGCGUUGCAGCUAAGGUUAAGAGCACCGAGCAAGGCCCUGACGACGAGGAAGAGAUUUCUUUGGUCAAGUCCGACAUCACCAACAGCCCGGUCCCCGCUACACAGUCCGCCAUCGCCGCGGCCAAGAAGCGCAAGGCCGGUCGCCCCGCGAAGAAAACCAACGCCACCAAGAAGCUUAAACAAGCCGUCAACUCAAAGGCUACUGUCGAACCUUCGUCGGCCGCAAACAACCCGUCCUCAUCCUAUGGCACUCCCGAGCCCCCUUCGUCGGCCCCUUCGUCUACUGGCAAGCUCAGCCAGACGGCUGCUCCAGUCGGCGCAGACUCCGCCAAGUGCGCUGACGAGGUUGAUGCGAAGAAUAGCGCUUCGCCCGAGCUUGCCUCAGCUCCCAAGCGGCGUGGUCGCCCGAGAAAGACGCAGGCGCUCGUCCCCAACAGCACAGCUGACCAAGGCAAGCGCAUCAAAACCAAAAGUCGGGCUACCUCAGCUCGCGUGCUGAAGCUACUCGCCAAGCGAUAA